AUGUCUAACGGUCAACCUCAAUCUUGCUUUCAGAAGCUUAAUCGAAUAAACGAAGAAACAUGGUUACAGAUGGGUUCUGCAGCAGAGUUGAUGCAGGAAUAUGAUCGAGCAAUGAAUGCUUAUGAAUCCGCUUUAAGACACAAUUCAUAUUCCAUUCCUGCUUUGUCUAGUAUCGCUGCUCUUUGUCGUGGAAGAGAACAAUUUCCAAAAGCUGUCGAAUAUUUUCAGAGGAUCUUGAAUAUUGAUAAUUCAAAUGGUGAAAUUUGGGGUGCUUUGGGUCAUUGUUAUUUAAUGAUGGAUGACCUUCAGAAAGCAUACAGUGCUUAUCAACAAGCUUUAUUUCAUUUACCCAAUCCAAAGGAACCUAAGCUUUGGUACGGAAUCGGUAUAUUAUACGAUCGUUAUGGUUCAUUAGACCAUGCUGAAGAAGCUUUCUCUCAGGUUAUGAAUAUGGAACCGAAAUUCGAAAAGGCCAAUGAGAUCUAUUUUAGAUUGGGAAUCAUAUAUAAACAACAGCAGAAAUAUGAUCAAAGCUUAGAAUGUUUUAAAUAUAUUUUACAUAAUCCUCCGAGACCUUUAACUGAAGUAGAUAUUUGGUUCCAAAUUGGUCACGUAUAUGAACAGCAAAAGAAUUUUAUAUCUGCUAAGGAGGCUUAUGAACGCGUACUAAAUGAUAACCCAAAUCAUGCCAAGGUUCUUCAGCAGCUUGGAUGGCUUUAUCAUCAACAAAGUGCAAGCUUCACUAAUCAAGAUCUGGCUAUCACAUAUUUAACGAAAUCAUUGGAGUCUGAUGGCACUGAUGCCCAAUCGUGGUAUCUUCUUGGGCGUUGUUAUAUGGCUCAACAAAAGUACAAUAAAGCUUAUGAAGCUUAUCAACAGGCAGUUUAUCGCGAUGGUCGCAAUCCCACAUUUUGGUGUUCAAUUGGUGUUCUUUACUAUCAAAUAAAUCAGUUCCGGGAUGCUUUAGAUGCUUAUAGUCGUGCGAUUCGUUUGAAUCCAUACAUCAGUGAAGUGUGGUACGAUCUUGGUACUCUAUAUGAAUCUUGUAACAAUCAAAUCAAUGAUGCUCUUGACGCGUAUCAACGUGCUGCGGAAUUGGAUCCAAGUAAUCCACAUAUAAAGCAACGUUUACAAAUGUUAAGAUCUCAACAAGCAGGUGGUCAAACAUCCGCUCCAAUUCCUCAAGAUGUGAACCCUCAAGCGUAUCAAUCUAGUAAUGGUCCUCCUAACAUGCUUGGCGGUAAUACUCCAACAUUCGCUCAACCUACCCCUGUUCCUCCAGGUCCCCCUGGCAUGCCAGGAUAUGGUGGUAGACCAGUUGAUAAUCGUCGAAGUCAUACUCCUGUUCCUAUUCUAUCAUCAAUUCAUGGUCACGGUGAAGGUUCUCAUCGUGAUUUACCUCCAAUGAAUAGAAGAAGUAGUCCUGGUCCAAAUACUUAUACUGCUCCGCCACCGCCUCAUAUUCGUGAUAGACCACCAACUCCACCUAAUCAACCACAUACUCUUAAUCCCGUAAUGCUACCACAUGAUCAGAGAUCAUUGACUUCUCACCAGUCUCAACCACAACCUCCGCCACCUUUACGCCACACUCCGGAUAAGCGUACAUCUCCUUCUCCACAACUUCCUCAAAUUCAAAUGCAGGAUGAUCGACAUCCUAGACAUUCCCCUCAAUUAUCUGAAUCGUAUCAAUUGAGACCUAAUUUUCCUCCUUCUCCACGGAUGAUGCCUGAUCACAAUCCUGAUGUUUAUGAUAAAGUCAGCAAGUCAGAAGAACGAUCUAGCAAUGGUGUUUCUACUUAUCAUCCAUCUGAGUCGCUCGCUUCAACACAUGAACCCCUUCCACCUCUUAAUUUUGAAAAUCGUGAUAAUUUAGAACCAAUAAUGAAGAGACCUGAUGAACAAGCUCUCCGUCAAACUGAUCAUACAAGACCACCACCACUUUCAAGUAGUCACCGUGCACAUCCGAUUGAACAUAGUGAACAUAGUAGAAUACAAGAUGAAGUACCACCAAUUGAUGACAAAGGAAUUCCACCAUAUUCUUAUCAUUCAGAAGAACAUCAUCAUCCAAGGCGUCCAACUGAUAUUAAAUCUGAAUCUCCUAUUGUUCAGAGACCACCUCUUUCUGAAUCUCCAGUUAGAGAAUCCUACUCUAAUGAGCAACAUAGUCCAAUCUCUAAUGUUUCUAAUAACGAUAUUCCUCGAAAAUCUUCGACUGAUCAACGACCAGAAACACCACGAGAAGUUUCAAAGAUGUCAAUUCCUUUUCAAUCAGAGUCGGAACCACAUUCUCCCUCUAGAGAACAAACACCUAUUCGUACUAAUUCUUCUGGUAAUGAACGUUCAUCUGGGUCCACAACUGCUCGUACAGUAGAUGAAGAUUAUGAUGGAACUGCUAGUACUGCUGAAACUUUAGCGAGCUUAAGGGAUCCUGAUGUUCAAUCGUCUGCUGCACAAAAACGUUCAUACUCACCAUCAAAAGGGGAUGAUGAUGAUCGUCGUGAUGAAAGUAAUGCUAAAAGAAUUAAACCAUCACCAACGACUCCUCCAAUAAAUGAAGAUGCACCAUCUCCUAUAUCAUCUCAUUCAGAACGUCCUGAAAGAGAACGAGAUAGACGAAAAUCUGAACAAAGUGCUAAUGGAAGCAAUUCCCCAGUUCCUAGUGGUUCACCUUAA